AUUAAUUUGGAAAACCGGUAGAGAUAUGCAAGAACAAACCGUUUUUAUUGGAAACAUUCCCCUAAUGAAUUCCCUGGGAACCUUUAUAGUAAAUGGAAUAUACAGAAUUGUGAUCAAUCAAAUAUUGCAAAGUCCUGGUAUUUACUACCGUUCAGAAUUGGACCAUAACGGAAUUUCUGUCUAUACCAGCACAAUAAUAUCAGAUUGGGGAGGAAGAUCGGAAUUAGAAAUUGAUAGAAAAGCAAGGAUAUGGGCCCGUGUAAGUAGGAAACAAAAAAUAUCUAUUCUAAUUCUAUCAUCAGCUAUGGGUUCGAAUCUAAGAGAAAUUCUAGAUAAUGUUUGUUACCCUGAAAUUUUCUUGUCUUUCCCGAAUGAUAAGGAGAAAAAAAAGAUUGGGUCAAAAGAAAAUGCUAUUUUGGAAUUUUAUCAACAAUUUGCUUGUGUAGGCGGGGAUCCGGUAUUUUCUGAGUCUUUAUGUAAAGAAUUACAAAAGAAAUUUUUUCAACAAAGAUGUGAAUUAGGAAGGAUUGGUCGACGAAAUAUGAACCGGAGACUGAAUCUUGAUAUACCUCAGAACAAUACAUUUUUAUUACCACGAGAUGUAUUGGCUGCUGCGGAUCAUUUGAUCGGAAUUAAAUUUGGAAUGGGUACACUUGACGAUAUGAAUCACUUGAAAAAUAAACGGAUUCGUUCUAUAGCGGAUCUGUUACAGGAUCAAUUCGGACUGGCUCUUGUUCGUUUAGAAAAUGCGGUUCGAGGAACUAUAUGUGGAGCAAUUCGGCAUAAAUUGAUACCGACUCCUCAAAAUUUGGUAACUUCAACUUCAUUAACAACCACUUAUGAAUCGUUUUUUGGCCUACAUCCUUUAUCUCAAGUUUUGGAUCGAACUAAUCCAUUGACACAAAUCGUUCAUGGGCGAAAAUUGAGUUAUUUGGGUCCUGGAGGAUUGACGGGGCGAACUGCUAGUUUUCGGAUACGAGAUAUUCAUCCUAGCCACUAUGGACGUAUUUGUCCAAUUGACACGUCCGAAGGAAUCAAUGUUGGACUUAUUGGAUCCUUAGCCAUUCAUGUGAGGAUUGGCCAUUGGGGAUCUAUAGAGAGUCCAUUUUAUGAAAUAUCUGAAAGAUCAAAAGAGGCACAGAUAGUUUAUUUAUCACCAAAUAGAGAUGAAUAUUAUAUGGUAGCAGCGGGAAAUUCUUUGGCCUUGAAUCGGGGUAUUCAGGAAGAACAGGUUGUUCCAGCCCGAUACCGUCAAGAGUUCCUGACUAUUGCAUGGGAACAGAUUCAUCUUAGAAGUAUUUUUCCCUUCCAAUAUUUUUCUAUUGGAGCUUCCCUCAUUCCUUUUAUCGAGCAUAAUGAUGCGAAUCGGGCUUUAAUGAGUUCUAAUAUGCAGCGCCAAGCAGUUCCGCUUUCUCAGUCCGAGAGGUGCAUUGUUGGAACUGGACUGGAACGCCAAACGGCUCUGGAUUCGGGGGUUUCCGCUAUAGCCGAACACGAGGGAAAGAUCAUUUAUACUGACCCUCACAAGAUCAUUUUAUCAAGUAAUGGGGACACUACUAUAAGUAUAAGUAUUCCAUUAGUUAUCUAUCAACGUUCCAACAAAAAUACUUGUAUGCAUCAAAAACCUCAGGUUCCGCGGGGUAAAUGCAUUAAAAAAGGACAAAUUUUAGCGGACGGUGCGGCUACAGUUGGGGGGGAACUUGCUUUAGGAAAAAACGUAUUAGUAGCUUAUAUGCCAUGGGAGGGUUACAAUUCUGAAGACGCAGUACUAAUUAGCGAACGUCUGGUAUAUGAAGAUAUUUAUACUUCUUUUCACAUCCGGAAAUAUGAAAUUCAGACUCAUGUGACAAGCCAAGGACCUGAAAGAAUCACUAAGGAAAUACCACAUCUAGAGGCUCAUUUACUCCGCAAUUUAGACAGAAAUGGAGUUGUGAUGCUGGGAUCUUGGGUAGAAACAGGUGAUAUUUUAGUAGGUAAAUUAACACCUCAGACAGCAAACGAAUCGUCGUAUGCUCCAGAGGAUAGAUUAUUACGAGCCAUACUUGGAAUUCAGGUAUCCACUGCAAAAGAAACUUCUCUAAAACUACCUAUAGGCGGAAGAGGUCGCGUUAUUGAUGUGAGAUGGAUCCGGAAAAAGGGGGGUUCCUGUUAUAAUUCAGAAAUGAUUCGUGUAUAUAUUUCACAGAAACGUGAAAUCAAAGUAGGUGAUAAAGUAGCUGGAAGACAUGGGAAUAAGGGUAUCAUUUCAAAAAUUUUGCCUAGACAAGAUAUGCCCUAUUUGCAAGAUGGAACACCUGUUGAUAUGGUCUUCAACCCAUUAGGAGUACCAUCACGAAUGAAUGUGGGACAGAUAUUUGAAUGCUCGCUCGGGUUAGCGGGGGAUCUGCUAAAGAGACAUUAUAGAAUAGCACCUUUUGAUGAGAGAUAUGAGCAAGAGGCUUCGAGAAAACUAGUGUUUUCCGAAUUAUAUGAAGCCAGUAAGCAAACAAAAAAUCCAUGGGUAUUUGAACCCGAAUAUCCGGGAAAAAGCAGAAUAUUUGAUGGAAGAACAGGAAAUCCUUUUGAACAACCUGUUCUAAUAGGAAAGUCCUAUAUUUUAAAAUUAAUUCAUCAAGUUGAUGAUAAAAUCCAUGGACGUUCUAGUGGACAUUACGCACUUGUUACACAACAACCCCUUAGAGGAAGGGCGAAGCAAGGGGGACAACGAGUAGGGGAAAUGGAAGUUUGGGCUCUAGAGGGAUUUGGUGUUGCUCAUAUUUUACAAGAGAUGCUUACUUAUAAAUCUGAUCAUAUUAGAGCUCGUCAAGAAGUACUUGGUGCUACGAUCAUUGGAGGAAGAGUAUCUAACCCAGAAGAUGCUCCAGAAUCUUUUCGAUUGCUCGUUCGAGAACUACGAUCUUUAGCUCUAGAACUGAAUCAUUUCCUUGUAUCUGAGAAGAACUUCCAGAUUAAUAGGAAGGAAGCUUGAUCUGAAUGAAUCAGAAUUUCUAUUCUAUGAUUGACCGGUAUAAACAUCAACAACUUCGAAUUGGACUAGUUUCUCCUCAACAAAUAAAGGCUUGGGCCAACAAAAUUUUACCUAAUGGAGAGAUAGUUGGAGAGGUGACAAAGCCCUAUACGUUUCAUUAUAAGACCAAUAAACCAGAAAAAGAUGGAUUGUUUUGUGAAAGAAUCUCUGGGCCCAUAAAAAGUGGAAUUUGUGCUUGUGGAAAUUAUCGAGUGAUUGGAGCUGAAAAAGAAGACCCGAAAUUUUGUGAACAAUGCGGGGUGGAAUUUGUUGAUUCUCGGAUACGAAGAUAUCAAAUGGGAUACAUCAAACUCGCAUGUCCAGUGACUCAUGUGUGGUAUUUGAAACGUCUUCCUAGUUAUAUCGCGAAUCUUUUAGAUAAACCCCUUAAGGAAUUAGAAGGCCUAGUAUACUGCGAUGUGUGAUUUGAUCAAAAUUUUCGUUUUACAGAUUCGGACUGAGAAACUGUCAUCCCAUUCAAUCCGAUUGGGGUGCCCCCGGCUCUGACAUGUGUUUUGGGAGAAGUAAAAGUAACACGAAACUCAGAAUUAUAGGUGUAUUCAAUACUUCCAAAUGCAAGGGGAAUUGAUCCAUGGUCGAUUCCGUAUAAAUAGGAAUUGCUAGUUAUACCUCGUGAAAAAACACUUUUUUGUGGAAUCAGCUAUUCCAUUUCUUUAUAGAGAGAUUCCGUUUAAGCAAGCAAAUAUAGUAUGGUUACAGAAGUCUAUCUAUCGCAUAUAUGCUUCAAGGGGCAUCAUGGGAUAACCAUCGAGGUGAGUAGGGACCUAAAGGAUCGAAUAGAACGAUAUAUAGACAAGUAAAUCCCUUACGAGUCCCAAAGUAUUCUUUUAAGGGGAUUCAUCAUUUGACGGGAAGUAGACUACUCAAAAAUCCUACAUUUUUAUUUUGUCAUAAGUAAUUCGGAAAAUGAAAGUAAAAAAAGAAGAAUGAAUCGUUGGUCCUUAGUGGGAACUUGAGUAAGGAGUAGUUCUUUGUUUGUAGGGUUUUUCGAACAAACUUUUUAAAUAAGAAAGAAUCCCCUUUUUGAGGUAACUACUUGAGCCGGAUGAAAGGAAACCUUCACGUCCGAUUUUAAAAGGGGGAAUCCAAUCCUACAGGAACCUAUCUCGAUUUUUCUUUUGCUAGGCCCAUAGCGAAAAAACCUACUUUCUUACGAUUACGAGGUUUAUUCGAAUAUGAAAUCCAAUCUCGGAAAUACAGCAUACCACUUUUUUUUACUACCCAAGGCUUCGAGACAUUUCGAAAUCGAGAAAUCUCUACAGGAGCAGGUGCUAUCAGAGAACAAUUAGCCGAUUCAGAUUUGCGAAUUAUUACGGGUAAUUCAUUAGUAGAAUGGAAGGAAUUAGGGGAGGAGGGGUCCACUGGAAAUGAAUGGGAAGAUAGAAAAAUUAGAAGAAGAAAGGAUUUUUUGGUUAGACGCAUGGAAUUAGCUAAACAUUUUAUUCGAACAAAUGUAGAACCAGAAUGGAUGGUUUUGUGCUUAUUACCAGUUCUUCCUCCCGAGUUGAGACCAAUCAUUCAGAUAGAUGGGGGUAAACUAAUGAGUUCGGAUAUUAAUGAACUCUAUAGACGAGUUAUCUAUCGGAAUAAUACUCUUACCGAUCUAUUAGCAACAAGUAGAUCUACGCCAGGGGAAUUAGUAAUGUGUCAGGAGAAAUUGGUACAAGAGGCCGUGGAUACACUUCUUGAUAAUGGGAUCCGUGGACAACCAAUGAGGGAUGGUCAUAAUAAAGUUUACAAGUCAUUUUCAGAUGUAAUUGAAGGCAAAGAGGGAAGAUUUCGUGAGACUCUGCUUGGUAAACGUGUCGAUUAUUCGGGACGUUCCGUCAUUGUCGUGGGUCCUUCGCUUUCAUUACAUCAGUGUGGAUUACCUCGAGAAAUAGCAAUAGAGCUUUUCCAAACAUUUGUAAUUCGUGGUCUAAUCAGACAACAUGUUGCUUCUAACAUAGGAAUUGCUAAAAGUAAAAUUCGGGAAAAAGAACCCAUUGUAUGGGAAAUACUUCAAGAAGUUAUGCGGGGGCAUCCUGUAUUAUUGAAUAGAGCACCCACCCUGCACAGAUUAGGCAUACAGGCGUUCCAACCCUUUUUAGUGGAGGGACGCGCUAUUUGUUUACAUCCAUUAGUUUGUAAGGGUUUCAAUGCAGACUUUGAUGGGGAUCAAAUGGCUGUUCAUGUACCUUUAUCUUUGGAAGCUCAAGCGGAGGCUCGUUUACUUAUGUUUUCUCAUAUGAAUCUCUUGUCUCCAGCUAUUGGGGAUCCUAUUUCCGUACCAACUCAAGAUAUGCUUAUCGGACUCUAUUUAUUAACGAUCGGGAAUCGUCGAGGUAUUUGUGCAAA